AUGUAUAUGUAUAUAUAUAUGUACACAAAUACAAGAAGUACCAUAUUCUACAAGAAAGUUGCAAAUAGUUGAUGACCAAUAACAACGAUCCCUUAUACAUCCAACCACGCAUAACGAUGACGGUGGUUAAUGAGCCAUUCUUCGUAGCAUCUAAUCAAAAUGGAGUACAAAAUAUUGGUGAUGAUAAUAUGUUAGAGCUACCUAAUGCAUCGUCGAGUAAUAUCGCAGCUCAAUCCGAAAGGUAUAACUCGCUCAACUCACUCGGUCCAUCUUUUCUCACAGUGAAAUUGGGAGACGACUACUUUCGCAUACCGAAAUCUUUGAGCGUUUUUAUGAUGAAGGAACCAAACCCAUACGAAAAUGAUUCAACGGACAAAAAUGUAGUGAAAGAAGAGAAUGGGGAUAGUGCUAUGCAAACGAGAAGUAAGCAAAAACUUAAGGAAGAAAAAAUUAAAGAAGAAACCGAUACUACGGAUGAUUUGGAUGAUACACCUCUUGAUUUUAGAAAAAUGUGUGAAGAAAAGAAUCCGAAAGCAAAGCCUGAUAGAUUACCUAGAUUAAAAAAAAAGCCACAUACUUGUGAGAUAUGUUACCUUACUUUUGAUCGCAAGAGUAAACUAACAAGUCAUAUGUUCAAACAUAGUAAUUCGAGACCACACAAAUGUCGAAUCUGUUCGAAAGGAUUCAAAACCGGUGCUUAUUUAUCAAGACACAUGGAAAUACACGACGAACCGGCACAGUUGCAUGCUUGCACAUUAUGCGACUUCAAGGCCAGAACAAAGCCGUAUUUAAAAAUUCAUUAUAUUCGGAAACACACGGAAGAUUAUAAUUACAGUUGCGAGCAAUGUGGAAAAAUGUUUAAAGUUCAAUCGGACUAUACUACGCAUAUGAAGGAUCACGAUACUGAGUCUUGCGUUUGUGAUAUCUGUGGAUCUUCAUAUCCAAGCAAAAGUUCUCUUUACUUUCACAAACAUUACAAACAUAAGACCAAAAUCAAGGAAUUCGAGUGUUCUACCUGUAGGAAGAAAUUCAAAAGUCAAAAGAAUCUUGAUAAUCAUGCUGAAUUACACAAGAUGAAAUACGUAUGUGAACAAUGCGGGAUGGAAUUUAAAUUUAAAUAUGGCCUAACGAAACAUUUGAGAACACAUUCCGGGGAAAAAUCUUAUCUCUGCGCGAUUUGUGGAAAAACGUUUGGCUGUUUGAGCUCACAAAAGAUACAUCUGCUCACUCACGUCGGCGAACGUCCUUAUGUUUGUGACAUCUGUGGGCAAAGUUUCACACAGAGAUCUCCAAUGAUGUUGCACAGAAGGAAACAUCCUGGUGCGCAUCCACCUCCACCGCCGAUCAAAAUCACUAAUCUUUUGCACGGUGUACAAGACAAGAUCAUCAUGAAUAAGAAUAUAAAAUAAGAUUUGUUAUCAUAUCCUCUUGUUUCAUAUCUUUUUCAAAAUGAGAUAAGAGCACAAAGAAAGUUCAUUGUGUAUGUACGUUUGAGCUUACUUGUCUUUAAAAAUUAUUGUGAUCGAUUUAUUGGCAUCGUUAUUGGUUGAGAUUUACACGGAAAAAGAACGAAUUAAAAAGAAAUAUCUCAUCAUCAAUCACACAGAAAGAAAUAACUCAUAAUUUCAAAGUACAAGAUGUUGAACUUUACUUUGAAUAUUUUUUAUUAUUAUUAUUAUUAUUAUUAUUAUUAUUAUUAUUAUUAUUAUUAUUAAUAUUAUUAUUAUUAUCGUCACAAAUCUGUUUGCGCCUACACUCCAAAAUUCUAAUAUUUUUUA